AUGUUCACCGACUUUUCGCUUGAGCCUCAAGCAUUCAGGGAUCUAAAUCGUCACGAAAAAAGUCUCGGUCUUUUGACAGAAAAAUUUGUCCAGUUGUUGAAAGAAGCACCCGAUGGUAUACUGGACUUGAAAUUGGCCGCGGACUUCCUAGCUGUUCGACAAAAGCGCCGUAUAUAUGACAUCACGAAUGUUUUGGAGGGUAUUGGGCUUAUUGAGAAACGCACAAAAAACAGCAUCCAAUGGAAGGGUGGGAGCGCAGCAACAAAUGGGCCCGACAUCCAAGCCCGUCAGGACGAGUUACAGGCUGAGGUUGAGUACCUGCAGAAUCUAGAGAAGAAAGUAGACGAACAUCGUGCAAAAGUCCUCCAAUCUUUGCGCAACGUCCAAGAAGACUUGGACAAUGAGCAAUUUAGCUACAUUACUUAUCAGGACUUACUUAAUGUAUUUCACGAUCGCACCAUUCUGGUUAUUCGUGCCCCUGAGGGAACACAGCUAGACGCCCCCAUACCAGAUGCCGAAAUGGAUCAGUCGACACACUCCCUCUUUGCUAUGAAAAGACCAUACAAGAGCCCAUCUGCCGCUAUCGAAGUUUUACUAGUGAAUCAAGAAGAUAAUCAAAACAAAACUCGUGUUCUUGCUACUGGUCAGUCGACUUUUGAUUCCCGAAGGGCAGAUGACAACGGAAUCGCAAACCCACUCCUUCCCUUGAGCCCCCCUCCUGGAGAGCGUGACUUUUCUUACAACUUGGAAGAAAAUGAAGGCAUUUCGGAUCUCUUUGAUAUACAUCCCACUUAG